AAGAAACAGUCCAAGAUGAACGUGGUACUUCAGGCGUUUGGAAAUUGCUCCCAAGGAUGAACCAGACUUGUGGAAGUCUACAAUAAGUUUUCUGAGGUCAUUGCUGAUUUCUGUUGAUUGUCCCAUGAUGUCAAGCAAAAAUGCAUUGAGUUUGAAGUGUUGACAUAGUGAGACCGCCAGCUAGCCAGCAUGUCUGACGUUAUUGAGGAGAAGAUAAAGAACUACAGGACGGCUCCCUUCGACGCCCGCUUCCCCAACACCAACCAGACCCGCAACUGCUUUCAGAACUAUCUGGACUUCCACAGGUGCAACAAAGCUUUGUCAGACAAAGGCCAGGAUGUGGCUCCCUGUGACUGGUACCAGAGGGUCUACAAGAGUAUCUGUCCCAUGAGCUGGGUUGCCAAGUGGGACGACCAGAUAGAGGCCGGAAGCUUUCCCGGCAAGAUCUAAAAUGGCUGACCUCAGGACUUUCUGUUAGCCACACCUUCAACUUUGACCCCUGUAGCGUGCCUAAGGACAUGUGUUGACCACGUACCACACCAUUCUAAAUGUUAUUAACAGUGUUACUAAUGAAACAAACACUUAAUAAAAAUGCGCACCUGUUUUGAA